UAUAUUUAUUUUCUCUUUUCACUAAAAAAAGCAACCUUGUUUUUCAACAAAAUCAUUACCAAUUCAUUAAAGAAUUAAUAACAACUAUGCUUAAAAGAAUAUUUUUACGUUCUUCACAAUUUUCUUUUAUGCUGCUCAUUGGCUCAUUCGUUGACAUUUAUUUAACAAACGAUCUACGUAUCAUCGUGUUGCUUUCGUUUCUUACGAAUAGGUAGUGAUUUAUAACAGUAAUUUAUACGCUCGUCUCUGAUAGAACCAAUAACUAAAAUAAAUUUUCACGAGAAGUUUAUUAACGUGGUAAUAACGUUGUGAGCAAAGUGUUUAAAUAUGUUAACUAACGUUGUGGUGAAAAACGAACCGCUGGAUAAUAAUUUCGAAGAUAUGAUCGCACAACAAUCUAAUACUAAGCAAGAAUUUAUUUUUAAUGUGGCUAAUAUUAAAGAAGAACUUGAUGAAGGCAGCGACAUUUCGACGGAUGAGUUCAAAACUUUGUGGACCGAACAGAAGCGAAGUGUUGUUAUUGACAAUAAUACCGACGACCUUAGAUUGCCUAAUCAACUGAAGCAAACGAAGUUCAUAGAAAGCAGCGAAUCUAUAAAUGACGGUAAAGAGCAAUACUGUUCAGUAUGUUCAUUUGCGGUCACUGAGAAUAAUAAGUCUCUAUUAAACCACUUAAACCUGCACCGUGAUAAUUAUUUCUUUUGCAUGCUUCACUGUGGCUUUAGUUUUAAAAAUUUAGAAAACUGCCUAUCACAUGAAAUACGCGAACAUAAUUACUACUGGCAUCCUAAGUCUCGUACCAAUCAGCCAAAAGCGGGUUUCCAUUGCUCAUUUUGUCGUGGAGGGUUUAACACUGAAUUACAACUGCAUGUUCACUGGCUGGUUAGCAAACAAAGUUGUAGCAAACUUAUGCAAAAAGUGGCCCAACAAGUGAAUUUUGUGCUAGGUGUGCACAAUAAAAGUCAAAUAAAAUUUAGCAACACAUUGUCCUCGGUACCUACAACCAAAUUGCGCCUAAAAUCCGAACCUUUAUCUCCAUUUUAUGUAAACAAGAGGCGAGCUCCAGUGGAAGACAUAUCUGAGCAGGGCGAUACUUUAGUAAGUAAACGCACAAAAAUCGCGGAAAAUACGGAUGUGGAAAUUAAAAAAGAACCUCUGGAGGAAUUUGACGAGGAAUAUUUUACCACUCCUUUGCCCAUUAUUCCAGAAGUGAUUAUAAAAACUGAAUCGGAUUUAAAAGAAGAUAUCAAAGAAGAACCCGAUGAUGAUUGUGAUAAACUUGACUUUUCCAAAAAACAGGAUAAAGAAACUCUCACAAGGCCUGUUCACUUGCAAGCCACAUCGUCAAUAACGCCAGCCUUAACCCCUUCGGAUGACGGUGGGAGCUCCCCAAAAAUUGUUCCCAGUACCACAGUUAUAAAACCUUUAAUGAAUUUUAAACUGGUCAAGUUAUCAUCAGCUACCGCGACGAAUGAAAACGCCAUUAGAGCUCUACCUCUCUUAUCAUGUCCAUUCAAAGCAAGUGUCAAUGUUAAAAAUAAUAACAUUGUUGUUUCCAACGCUAGUAAACCUUUACGUUUGUUUUCGAUACCUCUAAGCUACGUGAAUAUAAAGCCGCCGGCAACCGCGUUAAAUGAAAGCAUCACUAGAGCGCCACCUCUCUUGACAAUGCAAUUAAAAAAAGCUAAUGUCAAUGUGAAUAAUAAUAUUGCUUCCAUUCCUAGCAGUUCUCUACGUCUGGUUUCCAUUCCAUCGAUUGAGGAGAAAAUUACACCACCGGCUCUGCCUAUAAAUGAAAAUAUCGGUGGAGCACCAUCUCUUUUGCACAGGCAAUUAAACCCUAAUGCCAAUCUUAAUAGUAACAUAGCUUCUAUUGCGAGCAGCUCUUUACGUACGAUUUCCAUUCCUCCGAAGCAAGUUACAAAUGAAAAGACAAGUAAAGUCCCAUGCCUCGUGCCUAUGAAAUUAAAAACUAAGGCUACUGUUAACAGUGAAUGUACUAGCACUCCCGCACGUUUGGUGUCUGUGCCUCUCAAUCACAUGCAAAUUAUAAAAUUGCCAACUAGCACUCAAGUGACAAAAUGUAAUCAACCGGUAUUAAAUCCAAAUCUGCCGUUGAUCAAACGGACGGAUUUGAAAAAAUCACCUUUUCUACUUAAAUUCCAUCCACUAAAAAGUACACAAACGAUCCCAACAACGACAACAAUAUCUUCUGCAACGCCGCCUCCUUUGCUUUUCAAUGCAAAUCUGUUAAACACGCAGGAAAAGGUAGAAGCGAGUUCUACAAACAAGCCCACCACUGUUGAUGUGGAUGGUCUGAAAAGAUUGCCUGUGCAAGCUCCGAGUAAAGUCGAGUGUUUACGUAAGAAUGUGGUUAUAUCGAAAGAGAGAUUGAAGGCUUUGGAAAAUAUACCAGAAAAGAAGCAAUUAAUAGAUCAUUUUAUAAAACAAAUAGAACAAGUCGAACAAAAACAAACGGAGCAGAAGUCAAGUGGAACCCCUAACCUUAGAACAGAUUCCAUUAAUGAUAAAGUACAAUGUUUGGCGGUGAAUACUAGCAGCGCUUCAUUAAAUGUCACUUCCAAUCCGCCUUCGGUCUUUGUUUCCAUAAUUACAUCACCAAAUUUGGAAUUAAUGGAAGCUCGUCGACAGCAUCCUGACUAUCACUAUAGAUUGGUUUGUCCUUAUUGCCAGAAAGAUUAUGAACUAAAAGCUGGUUUGCGAAUGCAUUUGUUCAAUGCUCAUAAUUUGACACAAAAGGACUUACAUAAGAUAUGUGUACAAGCCAAACCAUUUAAAACAACCAUUCUUUUAAAAUCUUUGGAGAAUUAUCCAGAAAAAGUAAAAUCCUCAAGAGGUAAAAGAGAGGACUUUAUGGGCAACAUCCCGGAUGCAAAUGAGACAGUGGUCAGCCCCCCAGACUUUCCCGAUAACUCCACAAAAGCACUAUCCUCGCCUCCCUCAGUUGCGAAUGUUGCACCCAUUACAUUUUCUGCCUUGAAUAUGCACAAAACGCGUUACAUAUGCAACAAAUGUGGUCGUACUUGUUCGUCGAAGUCUAUGCUUCAUGAUCACGUUUUAGCCAAUUGUAGCCGUGUACCACGUUAUUCUUGUUCUCAAUGUCCGAAGAAGUUUUAUUCGAGUGGCACGUUACACUGCCAUACGUCCAUACACACUGGAGAAUUACCGCAUAAAUGUCAUUAUUGUGAUAAACGUUUUCGUACCAAGGGACAAGUAACUGUACAUCAUCGUACUCAUACCGGGGAAAAGCCAUUUGUUUGCGAGGUAUGCUCUGUUCGCUUUACUCAUCGUGAAACUUUAAUAGCUCAUCUAUCGCGGCAUAUUGGUAUGAAACGCUACAAAUGUUACGGCUGCGACGAGCUUUUCCUUUGUAUAAGCGCUUUGAAAACCCAUCGCAACACACGCCCCGAUAGUUGCGGAAAAAUAAAAUUUAACCCUCGCGCUGUUGGACCACGUGUUCGAGUGGUACGCGGCAAUGUCAUGUUUGAACCACAGCCGGAAAUAAAUCCUUAUCUUAGAUCUGAAGAUCCAAAAAAUGUUUUGGCUGAGUUACAGAAUCAUGAAUCACCGUCAUUUACACUGCAGAGGAAUCUUAAUUGAUAUUGCACUUUCUUAUGCCCACUCCCGAGCGGGAAAGUCUUUUAUCACCUAGUAUACACAUAAAACAAUGUCAAUCUCAGAAACUUAGAUUCAAAACUCAUUUCUAUAAUUUAUACCCGCAGGUUAUGGAAAGCAUGUAAUUUUUAUAUAGUAAAUAUCGAUCUAAAGUUCACAGUAUUUUCCAGCAAUUUUUUUAGGGAUUUCAAAUAUUCGCUUUGCCGCGAACGUAAGCAGAACAUUUUUCUGUUGAUCGAAUGAAAUUUUGGAAUGUUUUUCUCGUCUGAUUUUAAC